CUUCUAGUUCUGUUGCUGGGGCUGUAGGUAUGACAACCUCUGGAGAAAGCGAGUCAGAUGAUUCUGAGAUGGGAAGACUACAAGCUCUAUUAGAGGCUAGGGGUCUUCCUCCUCACCUGUUUGGCCCUCUUGGUCCUCGGAUGUCGCAGCUCUUCCACAGGACAAUUGGAAGUGGAGCUAGUUCUAAAGCCCAACAGCUUUUACAAGGUCUACAAGCCACUGAUGAAAGUCAGCAACUACAGGCGGUGAUUGAGAUGUGCCAGCUGUUGGUCAUGGGGAAUGAAGAAACAUUAGGAGGGUUUCCAGUCAAGAGUGUUGUACCAGCUUUGAUAACGCUGCUGCAGAUGGAGCACAACUUUGACAUUAUGAACCAUGCGUGUCGGGCUUUAACAUACAUGAUGGAAGCACUUCCCAGAUCAUCUGCUGUAGUGGUAGAUGCCAUUCCUGUCUUCUUGGAAAAGUUGCAAGUUAUUCAGUGUAUUGAUGUGGCAGAGCAGGCACUUACAGCCCUGGAGAUGUUAUCACGCAGGCAUAGUAAAGCCAUUCUACAGGCAGGUGGGCUGGCAGACUGUUUGUUGUAUCUGGAGUUCUUCAGUAUAAAUGCACAGAGAAAUGCACUAGCUAUUGCUGCCAACUGCUGCCAGAGUAUAACACCUGACGAGUUUCACUUUGUGGCAGACUCUUUGCCACUGCUUACACAAAGAUUAACCCAUCAGGACAAAAAAUCUGUUGAAAGUACUUGCCUCUGUUUUGCACGUCUAGUGGACAACUUCCAGCAUGAGGAGAACUUGCUCCAGCAGGUUGCUUCCAAGGACUUGUUAACAAAUAUCCAGCAACUCUUGGUAGUGACGCCUCCUAUCCUGAGCUCAGGAAUGUUCAUCAUGGUGGUGCGCAUGUUUUCCUUAAUGUGCUCAAAUUGCCCUACUCUUGCAGUCCAGCUCAUGAAGCAAAAUAUUGCAGAAACACUUCAUUUCCUCCUUUGUGGAGCCUCAAAUGGGAGUUGUCAAGAACAAAUUGACCUUGUUCCACGAAGUCCUCAAGAACUUUAUGAGCUUACUUCUCUUAUCUGUGAGCUGAUGCCUUGCCUGCCAAAAGAGGGGAUCUUUGCUGUUGAUACUAUGCUAAAGAAAGGAAAUGCACAAAAUACAGAUGGUGCAAUAUGGCAAUGGCGAGAUGACAGGGGUCUCUGGCAUCCCUAUAACAGGAUUGAUAGUCGAAUAAUAGAGGCAGCUCAUCAGGUUGGUGAGGAUGAGAUAAGCCUCUCUACACUUGGGCGUGUCUAUACUAUUGAUUUUAACUCUAUGCAGCAAAUAAAUGAGGAUACUGGAACAGCACGUGCCAUUCAGCGGAAACCAAACCCUUUAGCCAAUACAAACACUAGUGGACAUUCAGAAUUGAAGAAGGAUGAUGCUCGAGCACAGUUAAUGAAAGAGGACCCAGAACUGGCAAAAUCCUUUAUCAAAACAUUGUUUGGUGUUCUUUAUGAAGUGUAUAGUUCUUCAGCUGGACCUGCAGUUAGACACAAGUGCCUUAGAGCAAUUCUUAGAAUAAUAUAUUUUGCUGAUGCUGAACUUCUGAAGGAUGUGCUCAAAAACUAUGCUGUUUCAAGUCAUAUUGCCUCCAUGCUGUCGAGUCAAGACCUUAAGAUAGUAGUUGGAGCCCUGCAAAUGGCAGAAAUAUUAAUGCAAAAAUUACCUGAUAUUUUUAGUGUUUACUUCAGAAGAGAAGGGGUGAUGCACCAAGUGAAAAACUUGGCAGAGUCUGAGGCUUUGCUGACGAGCCCACCCAAAGUGUGCACUAACGGCUCGGGGGUGCUGGGCCCCACUGCAGCGCUGAGCACGGGGACGGCCACCGCUGCCACGAAUGCAGCUGCAGACCUGGGCUCCCCCAGCCUACAGAACAGCCGGGAGGAUUCUCUGGAUCUGAGCCCACAGGGACGACUGAGUGAUGUUCUAAAGAGAAAAAGACUGCCAAAACGAGGGCCAAGGAGACCAAAAUACUCCCCUCCAAGAGAUGACGACAAAGUGGACAAUCAAGCUAAAAGCCCUACAACUACUCAAUCUCCUAAAUCUUCUUUCUUGGCAAGUUUAAAUCCUAAAACAUGGGGAAGAUUAAGCACGCAGUCCAACAGUAAUAAUAUUGAACCAGCACGAACAGCAGGAGUAAGUGGUCUUGCAAGGGCUGCUUCCAAGGAUAAUGUUUCAAAUAACAGAGAAAAAAUUAAGGGCUGGAUUAAGGAGCAAGCCCAUAAAUUUGUAGAACGUUAUUUUAGUUCUGAAAACAUGGAUGGAAGCAAUCCCGCACUAAACGUACUACAGAGACUUUGCACUGCAACUGAACAACUCAACCUCCAGGUGGAUGGUGGAACAGAGUGCCUUGUAGAAAUCCGUAGCAUUGUCUCUGAGUCUGAUGUCUCCUCGUUUGAAAUUCAGCAUAGUGGGUUUGUUAAACAGCUGCUGCUUUAUUUGACAUCUAAAAGUGAGAAGGAUGCUGUAAGCAGGGAUAUCAGAUUGAAAAGAUUUCUUCACGUAUUUUUUUCUUCUCCACUUCCUGGAGAAGAACCCCUUGGAAGAUUAGAGCCAUUAGAAAAUGCACCUUUGUUGGCAUUAGUCCAUAAAAUGAACAAUUGCCUCAGUCAGAUGGAGCAGUUCCCUGUCAAAGUGCAUGACUUCCCUAGUGGAAACGGAACAGGGAGCAGUUUUUCUCUUAACAGAGGAUCCCAAGCUUUAAAAUUCUUCAACACGCAUCAGUUAAAAUGCCAAUUGCAAAGACAUCCAGACUGUGCUAAUGUGAAACAGUGGAAGGGUGGACCUGUGAAGAUUGAUCCUCUGGCUUUGGUACAAGCCAUUGAAAGAUACCUUGUAGUUAGAGGCUAUGGACGAGUUAGAGAAGAUGAUGAAGAUAGUGAUGAUGAUGGGUCAGAUGAGGAAAUAGAUGAAUCUUUGGCUGCUCAAUUCUUAAAUUCUGGGAAUGUGAGACAUAGACUGCAAUUUUACAUUGGAGAUCACUUGCUGCCAUACAAUAUGACUGUGUAUCAAGCAGUUAGGCAGUACAGUUUACAAGCUGAGGAGGAGAGGGAGUCUACAGAUGAUGAAAGCAACCCACUAGGAAGAGCUGGGAUUUGGACAAAAACACAUACCAUUUGGUACAAACCUGUGCGAGAGGAUGAAGAUGGUAAUAAGGACUGUGUUGGUGGUAAAAGAGGAAGAGCACAAACUGCUCCCACAAAAACCUCCCCUAGAAAUUCUAAAAAACAUGAUGAAUUGUGGCAUGAUGGUGUAUGCCCUUCUGUAUUAAAUCCUCUGGAAGUUUACCUCCUAUCUACUCCACCUGAAAACAUAACAUUUGAAGAUCCCUCACUAGAUGUUAUUCUUCUUUUGAGAGUUUUACAUGCAAUCAGUCGAUACUGGUAUUAUUUGUAUGAUAAUGCAAUCUGCAAGGAGAUAAUUCCAACCUCUGAGUUUAUCAACAGUAAACUGACAGCAAAAGCAAACAGGCAGCUUCAGGAUCCUUUGGUAAUUAUGACAGGAAACAUACCAACUUGGCUGACAGAACUGGGAAAAACAUGCCCGUUUUUCUUUCCUUUUGAUACACGUCAAAUGCUGUUUUAUGUAACUGCUUUUGAUCGUGAUCGAGCCAUGCAAAGACUGCUGGAUACUAAUCCAGAAAUCAAUCAAUCAGAUUCUCAGGAUAGCAGAGUGGCACCACGACUGGACAGGAAAAAACGCACUGUGAACAGAGAUGAGCUGUUGAAACAGGCAGAAUCUGUGAUGCAGGAUCUAGGCAGUUCAAGAGCCAUGUUGGAAAUCCAGUAUGAGAAUGAAGUUGGCACAGGCCUAGGCCCCACACUAGAGUUCUAUGCACUUGUAUCUCAGGAACUACAGAGAGCAGACUUAGGCCUUUGGAGAGGAGAAGAAGUGACUUUAGCCAAUCCAAAAGGAAGCCAGGAAGGUACCAAGUACAUCCAUAACCUUCAAGGCCUUUUUGCACUUCCCUUUGGUAGAACGGCGAAGCCAGCUCACAUUGCAAAGGUUAAAAUGAAGUUCCGCUUUCUGGGAAAACUCAUGGCCAAGGCAAUCAUGGAUUUUCGACUGGUGGACCUUCCUCUUGGACUUCCUUUUUAUAAAUGGAUGCUACGACAGGAAACUUCCUUGACGUCACAUGACUUGUUCAGUAUUGACCCAGUAGUAGCCAAAUCAAUAUAUCACCUUGAGGAUAUUGUAAGACAAAAGAAAAGACUUGAACAAGACAAAACACAGACCAAAGAAAGUCUACAGUAUGCAUUGGAAGCUCUGACCAUGAAUGGCUGCUCAGUGGAAGAUCUAGGGCUGGACUUUACACUUCCUGGGUUUCCCAAUAUAGAACUGAAAAAAGGGGGAAAAGAUACACCGGUCACUAUCCAUAACUUAGAGGAGUAUCUCAGACUGGUUAUAUUCUGGGCACUAAAUGAAGGUGUAGCCAGACAGUUUGACUCUUUCAGAGAUGGUUUUGAAUCGGUCUUCCCCCUCAGUCAUCUUCAGUACUUCUAUCCUGAGGAGUUGGAGCAGCUCCUGUGUGGCAGUAAAACAGACACUUGGGAUGCAAAGACUUUAAUGGAAUGUUGCAGGCCAGAUCACGGUUACACCCAUGACAGUCGGGCAGUGAAGUAUCUCUUCGAAAUCCUCAGUAGCUUUGAUAGUGAGCAGCAAAGACUGUUCCUCCAGUUUGUGACGGGGAGCCCCAGACUGCCUGUAGGAGGCUUUCGAAGUUUGAAUCCUCCACUGACAAUUGUUCGCAAGACAUUUGAGUCCACAGAGAACCCAGACGACUUCUUGCCCUCGGUAAUGACUUGUGUGAACUAUCUCAAGUUGCCGGACUAUUCAACUAUUGAGAUAAUGCGUGAAAAACUCUUGAUAGCUGCAAGAGAAGGGCAGCAGUCAUUCCACCUUUCCUGAUCACAAUGAAAAAUACAAUGUCUGCCUGUUACAGCAAGAGAAACUCAUGAUUCUUUUCUAAAUAUAUCACCUGAGUCAAGGAAACUUGUUACGCCUUCUUGUAGAAAAGCGGCUUGCAGAUUAUAAGUAAAGACACUUGGUUGAUAUUCAUUAAAGGCCCCUAUGGACUUAAAGUAAUCAGGCCCUAAAAGUUGUUGUGACAAGAUUUCUUUAGCAAGUUCUUGUUUAAAUUAUCAUUUAUUCAAUGAGUGAAAUUUUUAACUUGCUUUGCUGUGUGAAAUUUAAAAAGGGAUGUUUUUCCAGGCUGGAACAAUAAAUGUCGCUGUGCAGUUUAA